UUUAAUUCGAUUCAAGCUGAGCAAAGUUUUAAAGUCAGCUUCAAGAUGAAAUUCGUUCUGAUCUUGGCUUGCCUGGCGCUCUUUGUGGCCCAUUCUCAGGCCCAGGUGGACGAUUGUCCUGGGUCUGUUUAUGGACCCCGACAAUCUUGCGCAGGCGGUAAAAAUGAGGGCAAUUCACGUACUCGCCAAUGUCGCAGAUAUUACAAUAAUAAUAUGUGGUAUUACGACAGCCGCAGUCGAUCCUGCAAGAACAUGAUCUACCGGGGCUGUGCGGGCAACGAUAAUCGAUAUUGCACUCGACAAUCUUGCGAGAGGAAGUGUGUGCGUCGCACCUAAGGCCAACGAAAUUUUCCCAUUUAAAUGGAAUUAUGAAUAUUGGAAUAAAUGACAUAAAUGUUGCAAUAUGACAGAAAACAAACUCAGGUAAAGUCAAAGUAAAAGAAUUCUAUUUGAUCUAAGUAAUACAAAUCGUAAGCAUAAUCAAUCUAGCUGGAUAAUAUAACUUUAGCUAAGACAAAGUUCUGAUAUUUCCAGUAGGGAGAACUUAAGAGUCUUAACAAGAGUUCUAAUUCGUGGCAUAUGCUGUCUUUGCACGAACUUACAUUAACAUAUUGCGUGCGCCUAUAAUUCUCAACUUGUUUAGGAAAAGUUCUACAAUAGCAAAAGAGAAUAGCCUCUACUUGGGAUUGAGAUAUAUAUCAAAGAAAGACUUGCCAGAAAGCUGACUCAUAAUCGAAAUACAAAAUAGUCAAAAAAGAAUUUUGCUGAUAAUCAAAAUACAAUACAUUUCAGACAAUGUAUACCAUAGACUCGAUAAAUCGAAUGAUUUACUUACUCCCUUUGCAAAAAAUAAGCUGUGCAAACAUAUCGACCUUCAUUCCAUGGUUUGCGUGCUGCAGUCCUUAUUCUAAUCAGAAUUUAUCUUACUCCAUCAGGAGAAUCUCAAUUACGUAUUUUCACAUCUAACAUUUACAUUUAUAUUGCGAGCGCCUAUAAUUCUCAACUAGUUAACGGAAAGUUCUACUGAAAGCUGGCUUCUCUCAAGGCAACUAUCCAAUGGAAUUGGGCUUUCCCCUUUCCACUGACACCUAUUUAAUAGAUGACGUAAACUGGCCAAGCAAUUUGUCAGCUUGCUCGAGCGAUUACCGAAUAUGGUAAAUAAUAGUAAUUAAAUAAUCAAACA